GGCGGUCGUCGCGCGGUGUUGUUUUCCGGUAGGGUGGACUGCUGGUGUUUAUUCCGUACUUGCUCACGAUUGCUUCCAACAGAAAACAUCAAAUGAAUUGAUUUUAACGUUGGUUUAAGAUUGAUAGUGGGUGAUGUGAAAUAGCUGCCAAGAAGAAGGGCAUCUGAGAGCUACACAGCAGAUCAACACACGAGGGUGACAGCCAGUUGUCACUGAAUUGUCUAGAACAAUGAGUGUUAUCAUACGGCUCCAGAACCUGCCAUGGUCGGCAAACUCUGCAGACAUUCGGCAGUUCUUCCGUGGGCUGUCUAUUCCGGACGGAGGGGUCCACAUUGUGGGCGGCGAGCAAGGAGAUGCUUUCAUAGCAUUUAGCUCCGACGAGGACGCCCGCCAGGCCAUGAUGAAGACCGGCGGCCGGCUGCAGAACGCCCAGGUGACGCUGCUGCUCAGCUCGCGCUCAGAGAUGCAGCGCGUCAUCGAGGUGGCCCGGCAGCGCUCCAUGGCCGCCCAGGGCCUGGCGCCGAUGCCGACGACGGCCAUCGCGCCGCUGCCGCAGCCCGCAGCCGUGCCCGUGCAGCAGGCGCAGCAGCACGUGCAGCAGCCGGUGGCCGUGCCGCAGCAGGCCGCGCCCGCGCCGGCACCGGCACCGGCAGCUGCUGCAGAGCCAGACGUCAUCGAGAUCAAAUCGGACCGCGGUGGCAGCGCCGGCCGCUCCACGCGCCGACGGUCGCGCUCCCGCUCUCGGGACCGCGACCGGAGCCGCCGCGACCGCGACAAGGGCAGUCGGCGCUCGCACCGGUCCCGCUCGCGGUCCCGGUCCCGAGACCGGCGGGACCGCAGCCGCCGGGACCGCAGUAGGUCCAGAGACCGCUCGUCGCGACGGGACCGAGACAGGAGCGACCGCGGCGGGCGCAGUGACCGCGGCGGCAGGGAGAGCCGCGACAGCAGGGACAGCCGCUCUCAGGAGCGGAGCGAGCCGCCCGGGCGACUACUGCCGACACCGGCGGCGCGUAGCAGUCUGCUCGGCGAGCGGCCCAACGAGCGGGACAAGCAGCUGGCGGCCUCCUCGUCUGGCGCCUCCACGCCGACGCCGUCCGGGACGUCUCAGGCCGGUCCGACGCCGUCCGGGAUAUCUCAGGCCGGCCCGACCCCGGUAUCGGGGAUGAUCACCACGCCGGCCUCCCAGCCGAACCGCUGGGACGCGGCGCCGGCACAGCCGCAGCAGCCGCUCAUGACUCCGACACAGCUGCAGCAGAGACUGCUGCGCUUCCAGAAGGGUCUGCCCAUGGACCCGCCGCCGAACCAGCCGCAGAUUCCGCCGCAGCCGCAGCAGCUGCUACUGCAGCAUCACCUGCAGCAGCAACAGCUCCAACAGCAAGUACAACAGCAGGUACAACAGCAGCAGCUCCAGCAGCAACAACAGCAGCAGCAGCAGCCGCCGCCGACAACCUCUCAGUCCAUGCUGUCCGGCCCUGGGGUGCCCCCGAACGGUUUCAUGAACCAGCCGCCACCGGCAGCGGCCGCCCCGCCGGCACCGUCCCCACCAGAGGGCGUGCGUGCCAUGCCGCCGUCCGAGGAUCAGAACGACGGCGGCGCGGUCGCCGUGCGGAACAUGCCCAUGCACGCGUCCUACCGGGACGUGCGCGACCUGUUCCGAGGAAUCUACGUCGGCCAGAGCGGCAUCAAGAUGAUCCACGACGAGCGCGGCCGGCGCACCGGCACUGCCUACGUCAACUUCCGCUCCAUGUACGAUCGACUCAAGGGCCUGGAGCGGUCCGGCAGCUUCAUCCGCGCCGCUAGGGUGGUGGUGACUCCUCUGGACGGCGCAGAGUUCGCCAAGGCCAUCGACGCGUACCGUCCCGAGAUGGGGCCACGUCGGAACUCUUCUGAUAACGGCCCGCCGCGCGCUCGCUCGCCCGGCAGAGACGACAAGCCGGGCGUGCCGGAGCCGCGCAAGGGUCUGCUGGAGCACCCUGCCGGCGGGCCGCCGUCGGCCGGGCCGGAUCAGGCGGCGCGCGGCGGCGACGACGUGCCGCCGGAGCUGGCCAUGGCCCGCCGCAGCCUGGCAAUGCGCGCCACCGGGCUGCUGGAGCGGCCGCAGACGGGACGGCCCGAGCUGGACGCCGGCCGCGACCAGCCGGCGCCGUUCGGUGACCGCCGCCCGGGAGAGUUCAGCCGGCCGCCGCCGGGCGCGCACGACCAGCCCUUCCCUCCAUUCGGCGGCGGCCCCGGCCCCGUGUCCGAUCAGCACGCGCGCGGCUUCCCGCCGCCCACUGGACACGACAGCCCGAUGGAGGGCGAGUUCGCCAUGGGCCGCGGCGCUGGCCGUGACUCGGCCGGCGGUGACAAGGGCAUGUUCGGGGCCGGCGCGCGCGGCCCCAUGCGCGGCCUGCUGGACCGAGCCGAGUCGCUGGGACGCGGCGGAGCGUUCGGUGGCCCGCCGUCUCUGAUGGGCGACGUGGGACGGCCCGACAUGAUGCAGGGCCCCGGAGACGCGAUGGGCCGACCCAAGGGCAUGGAGCAGCAGGACCAGUCCGGUCCGAGGGAUAUGAUGGGCAGGCCGGGCCUGAUGGACAGAAUGGGCCGCGGCGGAGGCAUGAUGGGCCGCGAUGGACCAAUGGGCCGCGAUGGUCCGAUGGGCCGCGAUGGACCGAUGGGCCGCGAUGGACCAAUGGGCCGCGAUGGUUCAAUGGGUCGUGAUGGUCCUAUGGGCCGCGAUGGUCCUAUGGGCCGUGAUGGUCCGAUGGCCCGCGAUGGUCCUAUGGGCCGUGAUGGUCCCAUGGGUCGCGAUGGUCCUAUGGGCCGUGAUGGUCCCAUGGGUCGCGAUGGUCCGAUGGGUCGCGAUGGACCAAUGGGUCGCGAUGGACCGAUGGGCCGCGACGGUCCAAUGGGUCGCGAUGGUCCGAUGGGUCGUGAUGGUCCAAUGGGUCGCGAUGGUCCAAUGGGUCGCGAUGGUCCAAUGGGUCGCGAUGGACCGAUGGGCCGCGACGGAGGAUUUAUGGGUCGUGGAGGAGGCAUGAUGGGCCGCGGCGGAGGCCCCAUGGGUCGCGGCGGCGGCUUCCCGGGCCGUGAUGGUCCGAUGGGCCGUGGUGCAGGUCCCAUGGGCCGCGAUGGAGGUUUCAUGGGUCGCGGAAUGAGCCCGAUGGGCCGCGAGAGUCCGAUGGGCCGCGGCGGAGGGCCCAUGGGCCGUGACAGCCCCAUGUCCCGGCUCGAUUCGGGCAUGAACCACCCAGAAGACCCGGAGGAUGAGAUCCCCGAACACGAAAUGGAGGACGCCGAGCUGCCAGAGCACGAGAUGGAGGACGUGAAAAUGUCGGAGGACGGUUACCACGAUCCCUACGAGGGGGAUGAGUUCGACGACAGCUACGAGGGCUACGAGGAUCCGCGCGGGCCGCCCAUGGAGCCGUUCGGUCCGCCCGGCCGCAGACCGCCCGCUGGUCCGCGAGGCCCUCCUGGAGGUCCUCCGGGUCCGCCCGGCCCGCUGGGACCCCCUGGUCCUCACGGAGGUCCCCCUGGUCCUCGUGGAGGUCCGCCCGGUCCCCACGGCGGUCCGCCCGGCCGGCCGUUCGGGCCCGGGUUCCGCGGCGGUCCGCCGGACGCCGAGGGCGGAGAGAAGGGCGGCAGGCGUAACGAACCGUCUCCGUUCGUGCGCAUGGAGAACGUCUCCUACUUCGCCACGCCGGAGGACAUGAUUCACCUGAUGCGCGACUUCCCGUUCGUCGAGAUGUUCUUCGAGCUGCAGCGCAACAGCACCGGCAAGCGGACGGGUGUGGGGUAUGUGUUAUACGACUCUGUUGAGACGGCGGGGGCGGCCAUCGAGCAGCUGACUGGCUCCAUGGUCAGCGCGCGCAACCUACGCUUCAUGUUCAGCUCCAAGUCGCAGUACGACUGGUCGCGCCAGACGCUGCACGAGCCGCCCAUCAUCGGGCCGGCUGCGGACAGCGGCCAGCACGGCAUGCCGGGACAGCCGCCGCUGGCGGGCGGUCCCCGGCCCGGCCCGCCCGGCGGGCCGCCGCCCGACCGCCGACCCAACCGUGAGCACUCCGGCGGCCGGGACAGACACCGACGGCACUCUGCACAGGACGGCGGCGAGCAGGAAAAUGAACAAAACUCCGGCCAGGACGACAACAACGGCACAGAGGACGACUCGAAACCGGCCGAGACAGCCGAGAACAAGUCCAAACAGGAUGACACACCUUCGAAAAACGCUCCGACGGAGGCUUUCAAGAGGCAGGACUCUACGCCAAAGAAACCAGAACCGGUGAAAGACAAGCCAGAACCAUCACCCUCUCCAGCUGACAAGAAGCCGCCGGGGCGUUCUGCCAACGGUCAGGUGUGCGUGCACAUCAAGGGCCUGCCGCCGGCCGUGACGGAGUCGAUGGUGGUGGACUUCUUCUCGGACGUGGGCCUGCUGCCGCAGCAGUUACACCUGCUGCUGGACGAGUUCCAGAACCCCAGCGGCGAGGCGUACUGCGAGUUCGCCGACCCGGCGGAGACGGAGCGGGCGCUAACCAAGGACCAGCAGUACAUGGGCACGGCCGAGCUGUCGGUGCGCCCCGUCUCUCGUGACGAGGUCCGCGCCGCCAUCGGGGACGACGCCGGCGGCGGCGGCGGCGGCGGCGACUUCAACGGCGACGACGGAUACGGCUACGACGAGGAGUCCGGCGACUAUCCCCGAGAGGAGGAGAGCUACCCACCCCGCGGCCGGGGCUCGCGGUUCGGCGGCGGACGCGGCGGCGGGGGCUUCCCCGGGCUCGGGCGGCCGCCCAUGACCCGCGGUCGUGGUCGCGGGCGCGGCGGCCGGGGCGGCGGCGGCGGCGGCGGACCGGUGGACGGCUUCGGCCGGCCCGGGUGCGUUCUCAGUGUUACCAACAUCCCCUUCCGCGCCAGUGCCGACGACAUCCUGUACUUUUUCGGCGACUUCGGCGUGCGGCCCGAACAGGUGAUCCGCAGAUACAACGAGCACGGCUUGCCGUCGAGCGAAGCGCGCGUGGCCUUCAACAGCGGGGCGGAGUCGAUGGCGGCCAUGAAACGACUCAACCGGCGCCAGAUGCUGAACCGACCCAUCUAUCUGGAGUUGCUGUGAGCGACCGCAGCAGCCGGGUCGGAGUGAGAACUGUUAAAACUCUGCUGGUGCCGCAUGUGAUUGAGAGUUCUGGGCAUCAUUGGAGGUUUUUAAGUGAGCUUCGCACAUGCCAGCGAGAUGCCUGUUACUUUGUGCUAGCGAAUGAAUGUGUUCAUACUUUCGCCGAGUUUGAUGCGAAGCUGGCAUCGUUUGCGUUGUACAUAAAGACUGUGGUAGGUAGGUGAAGACGAGGAACGUAUCUGUCAUUUUGUGCGUUGUGGUUUAACAGGCAUCCUGUGUAUCAUCUGAAUGACUGUGUUUGAGGAGAGCGAUUGGUCAUCAUAGUGUGGAAAGUUGUGGCUCUCGUCUCCACCAGCAUCUAUCUAGGUCGAGCAUUGUGGUAUGACUUGUGUACAAAUCGUAUUCAGAUGUGUACCUUUCUAGUGUCCACGUAUCUAGGGUCUAGGUACGUGUGUUGAAAAGCACUGUUUCUUAAUACACCUGAUGUGA